AUGGCGCCCUCAUUUGAACAACUCGAUCCGGAGGACGACUACGAUGGCGAAGAAGAAAUCGACUUUUCAGACCUCCGCGAGCAAUAUGAAGUACGAAUGGAAGAAGGCCUCGACACCUUCAUCGUCAUCGAUGGCCUGCCCAAAGUCACCCCCUCGCAAAAGGACAAGCUCGUCAAGUUCUUGCUGCGCAAACUCACCUCCGUCGGCCGCACCAAAGAGGAGAAUGUUUUCAUGCCCAUGAACGAAGCUGGUGAGGAGAGCGAAGGCUUUGCAUUCGUCGAGUACGAAAGCCCUGCCCAAGCAGCUGCCGCCGUCAAAGCGCUCCACGGCACCGCACUCGACAAGCGCCACACCAUCGCCGUCAACAAACUCACCGAUAUCGAACGGUAUGGUCGGGAGGGCCGCAUAGAAGAGACAUACAAUCCCCCACAAAUUGCCGCCUUUGAGGAGAAGGAGCAUUUGCGCUGGUGGCUGGGCGACGCUGAGGGUCGAGAUCAAUUUGUCAUGUACCGUGGCGAUAACGUCGGUGUCUUCUGGAACGAGAGUGCUGGCGCCCCCGAGCAGGUGGUGGAUCGAAUGCACUGGACGGAAUCGUUCGUCCAGUGGAGUCCCAAGGGAACAUACCUCACCUCCAUGCACACCCAGGGUGUGCAACUAUGGGGUGGCCCGAAUUGGAGCCGACACAAACGAUUCAUGCACCCCGGCGUCAAUCUUGUCGACUUCUCUCCUGAUGAGCGCUUCAUCACUACGUGGAGCCACCGACCGAUGGAAGUCGAGGAGGGCAACCCCGUGCUCAGCCUGGAAGAAGAUGGAAAGAACUACAUUAUCUGGGAUGUCGCCACCGCCAAACCUAUCCGCUCCUUCGUCACACUCGAUCUGCCCGGCCCCACACAGGAUGAAGAGGGUAACCCAAUCAAGAAGAAGAUCCAAUGGCCCGCAUUCAAAUGGUCUUCCGACGCAAAGUACGUGGCACGCAUGACUCAAGGCCAGGGCAUCAGCGUGUACGAGCUACCCCGCAUGAACUUGAUGGACAAGCAGAGCAUCAAGAUCGAGGGGGUCAUGGACUUUGAGUGGUGUCCUGCCCCGCCCCAGCGAGACAACAUCCGGGAGUACGAGCAGCUCUUGUGCUACUGGACGCCGGAGAUGGGCUCCAACCCUGCAAAGGUCGGCCUGAUGUCCAUCCCAACUAAGAACAUUGUUCGCACGCGGAACCUCUUCAACGUCUCCGACGCCAAACUCCAUUGGCAGUCCGAGUCGGCGUUUGUUUGCGUCAAGGUCGAUCGGCACAGCAAGAGCAAGAAGACCACCGGGACGAAUCUCGAAAUCUUCCGGGUACGAGAGAAGGGUGUGCCGGUGGAGGUGGUGGACAACAUCCCCAACACCGUCAUCAACUUUGCUUGGGAACCCAAAGGCGAUCGAUUCAUCCUCAUCACCGCCGGCGAAGUCACGCAAGGCGUUGCCGUGCCGCCCAAGACUUCCGUCUCCUUCUACUGUCCCGAGAAGGUCAAGGGCAAUGCCGUGGGCAACUUCAAGCUCAUCCGAACGGUCGACAAGAAAAAUAACAACGCCAUCCACUGGUCUCCGGCCGGGCGAUUCGUCGUCGUGGCCACCGUGCUCAACCAGCAAAGCUUCGACCUCGACUUCUGGGACUUUGACUUUGAGGGCGAGAGGGAUGAGAAGGACAAGGACUUGACUGCCAACCUGCAGUUGAUGGGCACGGCAGACCACUACGGUGUCACGGACAUUGACUGGGACCCCAGCGGCAGAUUCGUCGCGACGAGCGCGAGUGUGUGGAAGCACCGAAUGGAAAACGGAUACCACCUGUACAACUUCUCCGGCACACUGCUUCGCGAGGAGCCCAUCGAGGCCUUUAAGCAAUGGUCAUGGCGCCCACGCCCGGAGCGCUUGCUUUCCAAGGAGGAGAUGAAGAAUGUGCGCAAGAACCUGCGCGAGUACAGCCGGCAGUUUGAGGAGAUUGAUCAGGCGAAGAAGUCGUCGGCCAACAAGGCUGUUGUGGAAGAGCGGCGGAGGCAGUUGGAGGAGUGGCUGGCGUGGCGCGAGAGGACGCAAGCCGAUUUGCUUGAGGAGAGGAGGGAGCUGGGGCUGCCGGACUUGAGCGAGGAGCGGGAGGCGCUGGUUGUGGAUGAGGCGGAAGGAGAGAAGGUAGUGGAAGAGAUGUUCGAGGAGAUUUUGGAGGAGCAUGAAGAGGUGGUGGAGUGA